GGGCUCUGCAUGGAUUCUCCCAGCCCCAUGGACCCCCAGAUGGCGGAGCAGACGUUUGAGCAGGCCAUCCGGGCAGCUAGCCGGUUCGUUUGAAGCAAGCAGUUCCCCAUCCGACGCUUCCAGUCCUUGCCGGUGAGGCUUCUGGGCCACAGCCCUGUGCUACGGAACAUCACCAAUGCCCGAGCGCCUGGCAGCUGGAAGAAGAGUGAGGCGCGUGACCAAACUGCCCACAGCUCUGAGGAGGAUAAGGAGAAUGAUGGGUUUGUCUUCAAGAUGCCAUGGAAGCCCACACAUCUCAACCAUGCCCAUGCUCUGGCCGAGUGGGCCAACCGCAGAGAAGCCUUUGCCCAGAGGCCAAGCUCGGCCCCCGACUUGAUGUGUCUCACCCCUGAGCGGAAGAUGGAAGUAGGGGAGCUGAGUCGCCUGGCCCAGCGCUUCCCCCUAACCUCCACCAAGGGAGUUCCUGACGAAGAUGAUGGGUUUGUGGACAUUCUGGAGGAUGACUUAGAGGACGCUGAUUCAGUUCCCCGAGGCAUGGAGAGCCUCAUUAGCGCCCCACUGGUCAAGACUUUGGAAAAGGAGGAGGAGCAGGACUUCAUCAUGUACAGCAAGUGCCAGCGGCUCUUUCGCUCUCCGUCCAUGCUCCGGCCCAUCCUCAAGAGACUAGAGAGACCCCAGGACAGGGACUUGCCCGUACAGAACAAGCGGAGGAAAAGUGUGACCCCUCUGGAGGAGCAGCAGGAGGCUGAGGAACCUAAAGGCCAGGUCCUUCGCUCCAAGUCAUUGUGUCACGACGAGAUUGAGAAUAUCCUGGACAGUGACCACCGUGAACUGAUUGGGGAUUACGCUAAGGCCUUCCUCCUACAGACUGUGGAUGGGAAGCACCAAGACCUCAAGUACAUCUCACCAGAAACGAUGGUGGCCCUGCUGAUGGGCAAGUUCAGCAACAUCGUGGAGAGGUUUGUGAUUGUGGACUGCAGAUACCCCUACGAGUAUGAAGGCGAGCACAUCAAGACUGCUGUGAACCUGCCCCUGGAACAGGACGCGGAGAUGUUCCUGCUGCAGAGCCCCAUCACACCCUGCAGCCUGGACAAGAGAAUCAUCCUCAUUUUCCACUGUGAAUUUUCAUCUGAGCGUGGGCCCCACAUGUGCCGUUUCAUCAGGGAGCGAGAUCGAACCAUCAAUGACUACCCCAGCCUCUACUAUCCUGAGAUAUACAUCCUCAAAGGCGGCUACAAGGAGUUCUUCCCGCAGCACCCGACCUUCUGUGAACCCCAAGACUAUCGGCCCAUGAACCACGAGGCCUUCAAGGACAAGCUGAGGACCUUCCGCCUCAAGACGCGCAGCUGGGCGGGGGAGCGGAGCCGGAGGGAGCUCUGCAGCCGCCUGCAGGACCAGUGAAA